AUGUCAUCAGCGUUAAACCUCCGCUUUCUUAUGGUGGCUUGCAUGAUGGGGCUUGUUUUAAUAUCAUUCGGUGCUGAGGGGGCUUCUGUAAGAUCUGAUCAGAAGAAUAAAAACAGCCACCCAGAAGCAGAUCAUUCAUACCGGCUGGUCUUGGACGCUGAGUUUAAAGCCUCAACCAAUCCCAUCCAUCCAAUCAACAAUGACUCCAUCUCUCCAUGGACUUACAUGUUUACACAUAACGAGAGCCUGUAUCCUACCAGCAUUGCGGAGGCGAAGUGUUCGCUGACAGGAUGUCUGAUAGACGGCGUUGAGGUCCAGGAUUACGAGUCCAAACCCAUUUACACGCAGAUCAUGGUCCUGAGGAGAAUUCGAGGAGAAAAGCCCAACUAUUCAUUUAAACUUGAGUAUAAAACAAUUGCUGUGGGAUGCACCUGCGUUCGUCCUUAUGUGGAACAGCUUUAA